GCCGCCGCCCCAGCCCCAGCCCCAGCCAGCCCGGCGCCGCGCUGCUUCAAUUCUCUCCGUCUUCUCGCCACUGCAGCCUCCUGACACGGCGAUCCGGGCGGGCCCCGCAGCAAUUUUAUCCCCUCACCGGCCUCACACUAGUAUCGCAUGUCCACUAUCCAGAACCUCCAAUCUUUCGACCCCUUUGCUGAUGCAACUAAGGGUGACGACUUACUCCCGGCAGGGACUGAGGAUUACAUUCAUAUAAGAAUCCAGCAACGGAACGGCAGGAAGACACUGACUACAGUUCAGGGCAUUGCAGAUGAUUAUGACAAAAAGAAACUUGUGAAAGCUUUCAAAAAGAAAUUUGCCUGUAAUGGUACUGUGAUUGAACAUCCUGAAUACGGGGAGGUUAUUCAACUUCAAGGUGACCAAAGAAAAAACAUUUGCCAGUUUCUCUUGGAGGUUGGCAUUGUCAAGGAGGAGCAGCUUAAGGUUCAUGGAUUCUAAAAUGAACCUAAAUACUUGGAGAAUUUCUUGAAUGAUUUUGUUCUCUAAAACCAGUGUGGCUGCCUUGUGAAAUGAUUCUCUGCAGUAAAUGGACUUUUCAUGUA